AUGAGUCGAAUAAGGAAUCCAACCUGGGAGAACAAUGAGAACCUGAAAGCCGAUAUACAGAAAUACGUACUCCAGAAUUUGACUCGCAAAGAAGUUCUAGACUUUCUGGGUCGAGACUAUCCGCAAUAUGCGUGGAGUCUUCCAACUUUGAGUCGUAGGAUGGCCAGAGGGGGGGGGGGUUACUCGGGAUUUCAAGUGACGGGGAUGAUCGAAGGAUUUUUUUGGGUUUGAAAUUUUUUAUUCCCGGACUUUUUUGGGUACGAAAAUUUGGCAAGUAUUUUUUGGGGUAGCUUGAUUUGAGUAGGGAUUUUUUGGGGGUAUUAAAAAGAAUCGGUAGUGCCCUGGCUGCGUAGUUCUGCGAAUAAAGUACAAACAAACGUGUUUUGCUGUUGUUUAAUAGUUAACUAUGGUGUCGCUUUACAUCGCACGUGUUAUACAGUAGUCUGCAUUGUCCCGUGGGGAAGGAUUUAUUCAGAUGGUAUGAUGAAUAAACAAACACGAGUGUUCUAUUUCCAAUGUUUUUCUUUGUGUUAUAGCAUUACCCCUUUCUGGAACUUUUAAGGGCCACAAAAUCAGUACGGGAUUUUUGGGGGGUUAAUUUUUGGUCCAGGGAUUUUUUUGGGUCUUGACUUUUGGCUCCAUUCGAUCAUCCCCGUCACUUGAAAUCCCGAGUAGUACCCCCCCUCCUGGGAGGAUGGCUUACUUCGAGAUAAAAUACGUAGACUACGAAACAGACCUGAAAGUCGUGGAAAUGGCAGUUAAAGAAGAAAUUGGUGGACCAGGACAACUCUUAGGGUACCGAUCAAUGCACCGAAAGUUACGAGAGUACCACCAGUUGGCAGUUCCACGAGGCUUGGUGUACGAUGUGAUGACGAAGGUUGACCCUGAAGGUCUUGAGAGCCGCGGAAAAGUUGGACAAAAGAAGCGGCACAGAGGGCCAACUGGCACAUUUACAUCGCUGGUAAGAUAAGCUUAUCUAGCAGUGCUAUUGGUAUGAUUUCCGUGGGAUCACGUAAGUUCAUUUAAUUGCAGUCGAACCUCGAUUAUCCGGACUUGUUUUUUUUCAUGAAUAUUAAUAAGAUGUGAUCUUGAAAAUUGAAACUAUUAAAAGUUCAUUAAUCUUUUUCAAAUGUUUUCAAACAUAUAUAUUCAAAACUUUGAAGUCUGUCAAAACCAAACCAACACCUGUUGCCAAACAUUUAUAUUGUCCAGUGUUUGUGGAGCAAAGUUUUGCCCUUUUGAUGAGUGUUCACAUAUUGUUCUUUAUAUUACAUAAAUGCUAGACUUUAUCCAGCUUCUACAUUUAGAUCUAACAUGUUUGAUACCAUUUAGACAGCAUGUUCAACAUCACGACCAGUUUGGCCACCAAACAUGUUUUAGGAGUGUGUGGUCAUCAGACAUUUUUCGUUUGGACAGGCCUUUGAUAAUGAAAAAGCAGGUCCUCAAUGGAAAUGUACAAGUUUUUUGGUUGUAUUUGGUUUCUUACAGGGCCCAAACCACACGUACUCUGGAGAUGGCCACGAUAAACUUAUGGAUUUCAUGAACAACACAUUUCCCCUGGCCGUUUAUGGUUUACAAGAUGUUUUUAGUGGCUACAUUCUUUAUUUGAAACUGUGGCCCUCAAACUCAGAUCCUAAACUGAUAGCACGGUGGUAUUUGGAGUAUCUGUAUGUAUCAAGGGGUAACUGCAGUUGAUAGUUGUUAUCAUAGAAGAGGCUAAACACAGUCUGAGAUCAAUAUUGGUGAAGAGGAAUGUGCACAAGUCCCAACUCCUAGACCCACCAAAGUGUCCAUGAACAAUACACCCUGCUCCCCCUGCAGUAUCUUGUAAAAGAGUUUCUUAGCUCCAAACACUAAUUUGUCUUAUUCCCUCCCCCCCCGCGCCACCCUCCAAUGGCUGUUAAAUGGCUCACAAUGAAAGGUAUUGUCGAAAAUGAGUCACAUGUCUCUGAACAAUAGACGCCUCACUCCUAAGCAAACAAAAACAAUAACAAAGGCACAUGGAGCAUAAUGGACAAUACUGGGUCUUCAAAUAACUGGAGAGUUUUCAUCUUGUUCAGGGGGCAGUGUACUUGAGCAAUAAUUGGGUAUAUGCGUGCUGCUGAGGGUCUGAGCCCCAGACCCCAUUUAGGAUAAAAAAAAAUAGUAAACCUACCCUACAUAGGACAACACCUGCUAUUUUAGGACCCUAUCCUCACACUAGAUUAUAGGUCAUGUACGGGAGUACCCCCAGUGUCUUAAUUGAUAAAGUUUGUCAUAUAACAUCCUAAAACAUAAAUUAACAUUGAUGCAUGAGAUGUAAAACUUUCGGAAGAAUUUUGUCAAUUUCACACAACCUCAUUCUGGGCCCUUCGAUAUUAUUAUUAAUAUUAAUAACUUUAUGACUGAUGUCCUUUUAUUGUGGACUCAGGAUACAAAGUAUAAAUAGGUUUGACCAUUGAUCUCCUGUUACCCUCAACAGUAAUCAGCCAAUAUCUGAGGCUGGAUAAAGGAUCAUGCAUAUCUAAGACUUUCCUACGAAGAUAUUGA